UAUAAACUUAAGUAUUUCUUGUUGCAGAUUACGAGAUGUGACUGGAACAAGAUUGCUCUGCGCAAAGGAUGAGCGUUUGUGGGAUUCGUUCGAGAAGUCGUCUAGACUAGUACCGAUGCAGCUGCGGAAUCAUGAGUACUUGGUACUGCAUCGUGUUUAUGAUGUCCACGAUAAGUACCGGCAUACUGUCACCGGCACCUCUCAAGACGGAGGCAAACGAGCCUUAUGAUCGCCAUUAUUGGUACACGCAGGCGCAAGAAACGCUGCAGAAAAGGCUGCAGUACGCUUCUGACAAGAAACCUGUAGCCAAGAACGUGAUCCUGGUGGUCGGCGAUGGCAUGAGCCUGACGACGGCCACCGCGGCCAGGAUCUUGCGCGGCCAGCGGCGAGGCCAGACGGGGGAGGACACCGACUUAGCCUGGGACACGUUCCCAGCUGUCGCUUUAGCCAAGACAUACAACGUGGAUGCUCAAACUGGAGAGUCUUCUGCUUGCGCCACGGCUCUUCUAUGUGGGGUAAAGGCGCGGUACGAGACCUUGGGCCUAGAUGCUGGUGGGAGGUUCAACAGCUGCGCCUCCGCGAUCAACUCAAAGGUCACCUCGCUGAUCGACUGGGCUCAUGACGCUGGAAAAUCAAGCGGCAUAGUAACAACGGCGCGCAUCACUCACGCAACACCGGCAGCGUUGUACGCGCAUGCGCCUUCCAGAUAUUGGGAGGAUGACAGUCGUGUUCCCCCAACUGUGAGGAAGGACUGUAAGGACAUCGCAAUGCAGCUGGUGGAAAAUGAGCCAGGGAGAAACAUCAAUGUAAUAAUGGGAGGGGGAAGACGACAUUUCCUGCCCACCAUAACCCCGGAUCCCGAACACCCGAGUCGAGAAGGUCGCAGAUUGGAUGGGAGGAACCUGGCAGAAGACUGGGCCAGGGAGAAGAAACGAAGACGGUUGCGAGCCCAGUACAUACACUCUAGGGACCAGCUAGCGAAACUUGAUCCAAGAUCCGUAGAUUAUCUAUUAGGUUUAUUUGAAUAUUCUCACAUGGAAUUCAACGCCGAACGAGGCGCUGUGACGGACGCCGAGGAGGGUUCGGCCGACGGGUCCGCAGUGAAGGCUGACGACCCGUCCCUCUCCGAUAUGACCCGCGCGGCCCUCUCUAUAUUGCUGAAGAACGACAAGGGAUUCUUCUUGCUUAUUGAAGGUGGGCGGAUAGAUCACGCACACCAUUACAACAAUCCAUACAGAGCGUUGGACGAAACGUUGGAGUUGGAGACGGCGUUGUUGGCAGCACUGGAGCGAGUCAACCCAGCUGAAACUCUCAUCGUGGUCACGGCAGAUCACGGACACGUGAUGACCUUUGGUGGCCAGGCCACACCUCGUGGCCAUCCCGUUUUGGGUGCGGAUACCAUGGUAUCCGAUAUCGACGGCCUACGCUACACAACGUUGCUGUACGGCACGGGACCGGGCCACGCGGAGCCUCGGGCCAUUCCGGCCAAUGGCACCCUCACGUCUCCAGACUCAGUCCACGCUGCUGCUGCACCGCGACAAUGGGCCACCCACGGAGGAGAAGACGUGCCAGUUUAUGCCUUAGGGCCCAUGGCGACGGUGCUGUUCGCGGGCGUGGUGGAGCAGAGCUACAUCCCCCACGCGAUCGCCUACGCGGCGUGCCUCGCUCACCAGUCGCGGAGAUGUCAGAAAAAGAUUAACUUUACUCAGCCACAGGUACAACCUCCCAAAUGUGUACCACCCGAAGUUAGCAGCGUUGCCGCGGAAGACAACCGCGAGCCGGCCGGUGGUCGCCGCGUCGUCGUCGCUUCUAGCGUCAUGUCCGACGAACGCGUCCCCCGGUCUACCGCGAUCGUCCACUUCACAGGCCUCAUCAAUAUAAUCCUUAAUUUAAGCGCAUUAUGGUCUAUUAUCAAUUAAAAUCACAACACCAUGCUUUUCACGAUUUAUUUUACAAAUAAUAGUUAGAUAAUGAAUUUUUGUACAGGGAAGAUUAUAGAGAUACGGAUCGCGGAUCGCAUUAUUGUAAAUAAAAUUAGACGUUGUAAAUAAAGAUGAUAAAUGUUU